CGUAGCUGGAUGCUGAGUUGCCUUCGGACUAAUUAAGCUCUCUCUCCCUUGACCUCAGUAGGUGCUCCUACUAUUUAAGCACUUUCUCUCGACUUAAACAGGUGCUCCUCCCUUGUUAAUUUGGACUCCGAGGAGCAGUUAAUCAAAGGAGGAAAUGACCGGAGGAGGUUUUGUUGCCAAUGGACCUGCCAGUGGCUUUAACGGUAAGAUAACUGUGCCGGUGGUGAUCACUUGCAUCGUUGCUGCAUCAAGUGGUCUCAUUUUCGGCUAUGACAUUGGGAUUUCAGGAGGUGUAACAACAAUGGCACCAUUUCUAAUUAAAUUUUUCCCUGAGGUAUUCAGAAAGGCAACAAAGGUCAAAACAAACAUGUAUUGUCAAUUUGAUAGCCAACUUUUAACAGCAUUCACAUCAUCACUCUACAUAGCAGGGCUAGCUUCUUCCCUUGUAGCUAGCCGCCUCACUGCAGCAGUGGGCCGCAAGAACAUCAUGGUGAUUGGUGGCUGCACUUUCCUUGCCGGUGCCGCCAUCAAUGGUGGCGCUGCCAAUAUUGCCAUGCUCCUACUUGGUCGUAUUUUGCUUGGAUUUGGGGUUGGUUUCACUAACCAGGCAACUCCUGUUUACCUAUCAGAGGUAGCACCUCCAAAAUGGCGUGGUGCGUUCAGCACUGGCUUCCAGUUUUUUAUUGGCGUUGGGGUAGUAGCAGCCAAUUGCAUAAAUUUUGGAAUGGCGAAGCAUAGCUGGGGGUGGCGUUUCUCCCUCGGCCUCGCCGUUGUACCCGCUGCUAUAAUGACAAUUGGUGCGCUCUUCAUCUCAGACACGCCAAGUAGCCUAGUGGAGCGUGGCAAGGUUGAACAAGCUCGACAAUCUCUGACCAAAGUUCGAGGAAUCAACAGUAACGUGGAUGCUGAACUAGCUGAUCUUCUUAAGUUCAAUGAAAUGGCAAAAGAUGCCAAAAAGGAACCUUUUUUGACCAUAUUGGAGAGGCAGUAUAGGCCUCACCUGGUGAUGUCAAUUGCUAUACCUUUUUUCCAACAGCUAACUGGGAUUAACAUCAUUGCAUUCUACGCGCCAGUUAUUUUUCAAUCAGUUGGCUUUGGAAGCGAUUCGGCAUUAAUUGCAGCUAUUGUGCUAGGAUUAGUUAAUCUUGGUUCAAUCCUUGUGUCCACGGGGAUGGUUGAUCGGCAUGGUCGAAGAUUUUUGUUCAUAAUUGGAGGGAUUCAAAUGUUCAUCUGUCAGGUUGCGGUGACCAUAGUGCUGGCUGUCACUACGGGCAUUUCAGGCACGAAGCAGAUCUCCAAGGGCCACGGCGUAUUAUUACUUGUUUUAAUGUGCAUCUAUGCUGCUGGUUUUGGUUGGUCUUGGGGUCCCCUAAGCUGGCUCGUGCCAAGUGAAAUAUUUCCUAUGAAAAUUCGAUCCACAGGCCAAAGCAUAACUGUUGGUGUGAAUUUUGCUACUACAUUUGUGCUAUCACAAACCUUUUUGACCAUGCUAUGUCACUUCAAAUUUGGCACAUUCCUGUUCUAUGCUGGUUGGAUUGCCUUGAUGACAGUUUUUAUAGUACUUUUCUUGCCGGAGACAAAAGGAAUUCCCUUGGACUCGAUGCAUGAAGUGUGGCAACGUCACUGGUAUUGGGGUCGGUUUGUUCGAGGCAGUGGGAGACGGAUCUCUGAUGCAUUGUAAGAGUUUGUAUCAUGUAAGAUUAUAUGUUUUGCAUCUAGUACGUAGUAAUUCGUUGCUCCGGACCUUGAGCAAGACAGGGGAGGAGGAGGUGAUCAAGAGUUUCCUGUUCAAUUGCCAAGAGUGCGGGUAAACAAUUAUAAAUUAGUCUUGUAAUUUAUCAAAAUUAAUUAAAUAGCUCUUUGAUUAUUGUUGAUCA